AUGGUUGCGCCGAGAAGCGAAAAUCGAGCGCUAGAAAAGACUAGUCGGCCGACCAGGCGACUGAUCGAAGUACCAAUAAAGAAGACACUCAAAUAUUGGUUUAGGCUUCGUAAAGCAACUACCUUAAUCCUAAUACAGCUAUAUAUAGGACGAAUUAGACUAGGCGCCUAUCUCGCUUAUAUCAACUAA